UUUGAGCUUACAUGUGUUAAUUAAUUAUAAGAUUAUAACAAAGGUAUACCUCUUUAAUUCCCAGCGAAAUAAGUUUUAAGUAAUGCAUACCGACUUGUCGCCGCAUUUACACACAGAUGAAUGUAAUGUUUUGAUAAGAAAGUUAAUGGAUUGUCACACAGAGCAUCCGUUCAGAAAAUUUAUGGGCUAUUGCAAUGACUACGAUAGAGACAUGCGAAAGUGUCUAAAACAGGAACGUCUUCGUCGUCAGAAAGCAAACUUGGACGAGUCGCGCCGGCGCCACGCUGAAAUUCGCAAUAGAAUAUUAGCACAAGAGCAAGCAGCGCAGUAAUGGAAAGUGACGCGCGAACCAACGGAGGCCUAAAGU